AUGGAUUCCCCUGCGGAGAGCAAUCGUCUUGCCUUUGGCAUCACCUCACUUCCUUCCAGUACGCCUCCCCAAAUCAGCAAUCAAUCUGGACCUAAUCAUCAGAUUGGUUUCACUUUCCGUCCCCCUCAGACCUGUGGAGGGUUUUCUCAUUGGGCCUCAGCUUCAGCUGGGCUUUUGAAUACUUCACCUUCUGGGGAUCAUGCUCCUGACGUCUCUGAGAAAACUAAUCCAACUAGUCCUGCUUGCAAGAUGGAGUUAGAUGCCAGUGAAAAUGCUCCUCGUACCGUCGCAGAAGGAGCGCCUGGGGCUUCGGCUGUUGUGGUACGAGGAGAACAAGAGCGGGACAAUCCCCCCGGGCUACUUGCUUCUGGGGCCAUCGCCUCUGACCAGACUAAAAUGUCGGGGGUAAUGGGCCUUGUACCAGUUGCAGCUGGUACAUCGCGGGCGUACGUGGUAUUCGAAUCUCAGAAGGACCAGGAAAAUUGCCUGCCCUUGGGCUCUCUGGAUAUUUCCACCGUUAGCAGCGACAAAGUCCUCUACUACUUCGGCGUAUUGGCAAUACAGGCUCUUCUACUUCCGAAGUUUCAGUGUGACUCCAGCAAAAAACGUGGCUUUUGGAAAGGCAAGUUGACUUUGUACGGGCUAACCUUUGAGUCGGACUAUUCAUUCCAUACCCCUCUCCAAGCCAAAAGUGCUAUGGCGCGUAAGGCCCUUGAGAAGCUGCAGAGCCCCUACUCUUCCUGGACGGUGCCGCCAGAGCCGAUGGAUUGCCCUCUGACGACGGGAUGGAGUUGGACGGACAUCUUGAAAGACUACUGCAUUCAGAAUGGUUUGCCGGAACCAACGUAUACCAAGUACAAUCACAAGCAAGGAUGUCGCCAUGAGGCUCAAGUAGCCGACUUUUCACGCUUUGGAGUGCUCAAGCAUUACACUCAGGAGUGGAACUCAAAGAAUUCUGCUGCUCAAAUGACCCUGUAUGCGCUUUUGACGUUUGGUCAACUUCCGCCGGAUGGCAUCAGCGGAGCGGCCGCGCUACGAAAUUUCAACGAAGGCCUGUUGGUUGUGGUCCCCAGAGAAACAUUCCAAGCGGGUAUAAGCAACGGGAAUAACAGUUUGAAGGGUACCCGCAAAAGGCUUGGGGAGGAUCAUACUAGCAGAGGCCAAACCAAAAAGCGACUGGUGAAAGGCAGCUCCGAGGGCGUCAACGCCAACCUUUUACCCUUAGCCGGCAAUUCUAGGUUGGCACCAAUUGAAGAGCAUGAGCAAAAUAUAGAAAAGAGAUGGAGCGUCAGUUAUCGGGAACUCGAGUCAGAAUUGGAGAGAGGCUGGGAGACAAACACAGGAAAGCUUCAGAGAAUAUGUCAACUUCUCUCUCUAGAAGUCCCAGAGAUCCGGAUUGAGAGAAACAACGGCCAUAUGAAGGAAGACGAUUACAAGGCCGCUGCGUAUUUCAGCAAUGACCCCUUCCUGCGCCGUGCAAGUCCGAUCGGAGAGUCCAAAGGCAGCAUGUCCGAAGCGAAAGAAGCCUGUGCCCGAAAAGUGACUAGAUAUCUCAUCGAGAUGGUGAGGGAGGAUACUCGCUUGGAAGAUGAGGCAGCAAAAGAGAUUGAUAGGAUUAGAAACUGGGGGAGCAUUAGCCGCUAA